UUGCCAUCCCAGAUGUGUGACUUUCUUCUGCUGGACACAAGAUUUUAUUUUUUUUUUUUUUGAAGAAUUUCUCAGCUCUGUAGGUCCAUACAUUGCAAGUGAAAGAGUACCAAAACUUUGAAGGUCCAAAAACAUUAAGGCAGCAUAAAAGUAAUCCAUAAGACUCCAGUUGUUAAAGGUCUUAAACUCCAAAAAAAGAAAUAUGAUUUUAACUCGCUGUCGCACUAACACAUCUGAUCCUUUUAUUUCUCCCAUAGACGGUAUUUGUAUAGAAAGAGUAACUUCUUACAAAUACCUAGGUAUUUGGCUUGAUCAAAAGUUGGCUUUCAAUGUGCACAUUGAUGUUGGGCCUCAUGUAUUCAGAUAGAAGACAAAGGCAGGCCUAACAGUCAUAAAAAACAUUCCUCAAGCCCCUCCUCCUAAGUCGUAAAUUGUACUGACAAAAAUCGCGCCAAAAUCAAACAAAGGGAGUCCAAAACAGACUACAGAUCCACGAAGCCUUGCCCACUAAAGGAUCGAGCACUCAACUCCUAUUGGAUGAGGCACACAACAGAACGUCCCUCAAACAUGACAUCAUCAGGAGUUCAAAUAAUUCUGAAAUGCUUCCAAAGUUGCUUCCGGCUACUUCGUUCACCGAAUACGGACGUAGCUUUUUGCUGCUCUCCGGUGUAACCUCGUGGCAUAAGGAAGUAAUGUCCGACUUGAAACUGUAGCCAUACAAUCUCCAUCUCGCUGGACGAGUUGAGAUUACUCUGUGUUCAACCGAACACUCUAACGGAUCCGAAGGAGACCGCCGAGCAAUUCGCAUCUUCAUCCAUUGGCCUACAGAAGUGAAGAGAUUAAAGAUUUCUCUUCCAUCUUCAAUCAAGUCGACAUUUCUGAGUUCUCCGCCAGCCCGCCGAGAAUCAACAGCCGUACCGCCCUCUGAGAAUCAACAGCCGUACCGGCCGCCGACAGCGCGAGGAAACGACCUCUCGUCAUCACACGAGCCUCAAGAAACCGGGUCAAAGUUAAAGGACGGAGGAAAACACAUUCUACCUGUGUCCUCAUGCGAUUCAAAAGACAAAGUCAUCUACAUCUGGGAUAGCAUGAGGGUAGAGAUUUGUCUUUGGGACAACCAUCUCUGAUUCAGCGAGAUGGGGAAUCAGCUGGCUGGAAUUGCUCCAUCACAAAUUCUUUCAGUGGACAGUUACUUCUCCGACAUCCAUGAUUAUGAGUAUGACAAAAGUCUGGGCAGUACAAGGUUUUUCAAAGUGGCCCGGGCGAAACAUCGAGAGGGUUUAGUGGUGGUUAAGGUCUUUGCAAUCCAGGACCCGUCACUGCCCCUGACCAGCUAUAAACAAGAGCUGGAAGAGCUGAAAAUCAGACUGCACUCCUGUCAGAACUGUUUGCCCUUUCAAAAAGCCACACUUACCGAGAAAGCAGCCAUUCUCUUUCGACAGUAUGUUCGUGAUAACUUGUAUGACCGUAUCAGUACACGGCCGUUUCUUAACAACGUGGAGAAGAAGUGGAUUGCCUUCCAGCUCCUCAAUGCUGUGGAUCAGGCCCAUAAAUCUGGUGUACGUCACGGCGACAUUAAAACGGAGAAUGUCAUGGUAACAAGCUGGAACUGGGUGCUGCUCACAGACUUUGCUAGUUUUAAACCCACAUACUUACCUGAGGAUAACCCUGCAGAUUUCAACUAUUUCUUUGACACGUCCAGAAGGAGAACAUGCUAUAUUGCUCCAGAGAGAUUUGUGGAUGGCAGCAUGUUUGCCACAGAAAGUGACCAGACAACUCCACUUGUGGAUCUGUCCAGUAAUAGCCAAAGAACUAGGGGAGAGCUUAAGCAGCCCAUGGAUAUCUUCUCCGCUGGAUGUGUAAUUGCAGAGCUGUUCACAGAGGGGGUUCCACUAUUCGAUCUCUCACAGCUGUUGGCUUACCGCAAAGGACAUUUCCAAACCGAACAAGUGCUGAUGAAAAUUGAGGAUUGCAGUAUUAGAGAACUGGUGGCUCAGAUGGUGCAGCGAGAGCCAGAAAAGCGCCUGACAGCUGAAGAAUACCUCAAACAGCAGCGAGGCAAAGCAUUCCCAGAAAUCUUCUACACCUUCCUGCAGCCCUACAUGGCCCAGUUUGCUAAGGAGACCUUCCAAUCUGCUGACGAACGGGUGUUGGUGAUCAGAAAGAACCUGGAGAACAUCCUCAAUAACCUGUGCAGUGGCGGGCAGGGAGGGAAAGCUGAAAAACAGGAGAAGGCAUCUCAAGAACACGGUUCUUCGAAGGACCACGGGCUGGUGGUGCUAGUGUCAGUGAUCACAUCCUGUCUGCAGACGCUGCGCUUUUGUGACUCCAAGCUGGCAGCGCUGGAGCUGAUUCUUCAUCUGGCGGGUCGUUUGAAUGUGGAGAUUCUGCUGGAUAGGAUCACACCGUACCUGCUGCACUUCUGCAAUGACUUAAUGCCACGCGUCAGGGCAGAGGCUGUGCGCACACUGACUAAAGUGCUGGCACUGGUCAAGGAAGUUCCUCGUAAUGAUGUCAACAUCUAUCCAGAAUACAUCUUACCUGGGAUUGCGCACCUGGCGCAAGAUGAGGCCACGAUUGUUAGGCUUGCUUAUGCAGAGAACAUUGCCCACUUAGCUGAGACAGCGCUGCGUUUUCUUGAGCUGGUCCAGGAGAAUAAUUUGAGCUCUGAACAAGACCUAAAUGGAGAAGACACCGAGGAAACUCUUCACCCCAAUGAAAACUAUGAUUCAGAGCUGCAGGCCUUGCAUGAGAUGGUACAACAGAAGGUGGUGACUUUGCUCAGCGACCCUGAGAACAUUGUCAAACAGACGCUGAUGGAGAACGGCAUUACUCGCCUCUGCGUGUUCUUUGGCCGACAGAAGGCCAACGAUGUACUUCUCUCCCAUAUGAUCACCUUCCUCAAUGACAAGAAUGACUGGCACCUCCGUGGAGCUUUCUUCGACAGUAUAGUGGGUGUAGCUGCAUAUGUUGGCUGGCAGAGUUCUUCCAUCCUGAAGCCUCUUCUGCAGCAAGGCCUGAGUGAUGCUGAGGAGUUUGUCAUUUAUAAAGCUCUCAAUGCUCUCACUUGCAUGUGUCAGCUAGGGCUACUGCAGAAACCUCACAUCUACGAGUUUGUCAGUGACAUUGCUCCUUUCUUGUGUCACCCCAAUCUGUGGAUCCGCUAUGGAGCCGUGGGUUUCAUCACUGUGGUUGCUCAGCACCUGAACAUCGCUGAUGUUUACUGCAAACUCAUGCCACAUCUCAACUCCUUCAUCACCCAGCCUAUUAUACAGAUUGAUAAAGAGAUUGUGUUGCUCAGUGUGCUGAAGGAACCAGUAAGUCGCUCCAUCUUUGACUACGCACUGCGCUCUAAAGACAUUGGUAGCCUCUUUAGACACUUGCUGCUGCGGCAAAAGAAACGCAACGGCUCCAUUCCAGAAUGCCCCAUUCCAGAGGAUCCUGCAAUCGCCCAGCUGCUUAAGAAACUGCUCUCACAGGGAAUGACGGAGGCUGAGGAAGAUAAGCUCUUGGCUCUGAAAGACUUCAUGCUCAAGUCCAACAAAGCUAAAGCAAACACUGUGGACCAGAGCCACCUGAAUGAUGGAGCUCACAGUGGAGUCAUUGAACUCGGUACACUGGGCAUCACUGGCCGACAGGUGGACCUGAUUAAACCCAAGCAGGAGUCAGAAGACAAGAGAGCACGCAAACAUACAAAACAGGACUCCAACUUGAACGAAGAGUGGAAGAGCAUGUUCGGUUCUUUGGACCCUCCCAGUUCAACGCAGACUCCGUCGACGGUACCUAAUGUUCUAGUUCCUAGCGGUGGUGGGGAGCCCAAUGGAACUCUGGCCGGAAAGCCCCUGCGAUCUGAGGGUUCCUCACAGCCUCUUAACCUCCCUCAUGUUCCAUCCUCAGCCCAGGUGCCUGAGGGUGGAGCAGUGCAGCCCAGGAAAACCACCGCACUCCCAACUAUUCAGGUGGUACAGUCCGUAACCGGAGUGUCCACGUACCAGCGGCGCAUCACCACAUGCAAGGCAGAGCUGCAGCAACUGGUGCAGCAGAAGAGAGAGCAAUGCACUGCGGAGCGCAUGGCCAAGCAAAUGAUGGAAAGUGCAGAGUGGGAGAGCAGGCCUCCACUGCCAGGGUGGCAUCCAAAAGGUCUUCUGGUGGCCCAUCUCCAUGAGCACAAAUCCGCAGUAAAUCGGAUUCGAGUGUCUGAUGAGCAUUCAAUCUUUGCUACUUGCUCCAAUGAUGGAACUGUAAAGGUCUGGGACAGCCAAAAAAUGGAGGGUAAAACAACCACCACAAGAUCUGUGCUGACAUAUUCUCGGAUUGGAGGCCAUGUGAAAACGCUGACCUUCUGUCAGGGGUCACAUUACCUUGCUGUCGCAUCAGACAAUGGUUCCAUCCAGCUUCUUGCAGUUGAGGCAAACAAGCCACCCAAAUCGCCCAAAGUUCAGCCCUGUCAGACCAAGUUUUUAGAUCCGAAGGAUGAGGGCUGUGUGGUGGAUAUACAUCACUUUAACUCGGGGGCACAGACGGUGCUGGCCUAUGCCACUGUGAAUGGCUUUUUGGUGGGUUGGGACCUCCGCAGCAACAGCAAUGCUUGGACCCUACGCCACGACCUGCGCCUGGGCCUCAUCACUUCCUUUGCUGUGGAUAUGCACCAGUGUUGGCUGUGUGUGGGCACAAGCAAUGGCACAAUGGCUUGCUGGGAUAUGCGGUUCCAGCUACCAAUAUCCAACCACUCCCACCCAGCCCGAGCCCGAAUCAGACGCCUGCUGAUGCAUCCACUCUAUCAGUCCUCUGUAAUUGCAGCUGUCCAAGGUAACAAUGAGGUGUCCAUGUGGGACAUGGAGACAGGGGACAGGAAGUUCACCCUUUGGGCCAGCUCUGCACCUCCGCUUUCAGAGAUGCAGCCAUCUCCUCACAGUGUACACGGGAUAUACUGCAGCCCUGCUGAUGGCAACCCCCUCUUACUUACAGCCGGAUCUGACAUGAGAAUCAGGUUUUGGGACCUGGCCUACCCUGAGAGGUCUUACAUUGUCGCAGGUGGUGCCAAUGACUCUCUUCACUGCCCUUCUGUGUUCUACAAUCGUAAGAUCAUAGAAGGAACAGAAGUUGUGCAGGAGAUUCACAGUAAGCAGAAGAGUGGAUCCACAGAGGACACACCUCGCCGUGGCCCGGAAUCCCUCCCAGUGGGUCACCAUGAUAUAAUUACUGAUAUUGCCACUUUUCAAACAACCCAGGGCUUUAUAGUCACUUCCUCUAGAGAUGGUAUUGUCAAAGUGUGGAAGUGAGAGAUAUACUGUGCCAAGAUGGUAUACCUUUGUAUGGAUGUCCAAACAAGUGCAAUGUAAAUUUAAAUAUAAUGCUAAUUAAUAUAAUAAAGUCUGUGAUCCAUCUAAAUCAUCAAGUGGAUAAAACGGUGUAAGCUAACAGUUUUUGUGUGAAUAGUUUGCUUUGUGUUUUUUGGUGUGCAACUGUGUAAUGUGGAUAUUAAGGUAAAUUUAGCCACAAUGCAUAAAACAGGACAUUGCCACUGAUAUAUAUAUACACUGAUCAUUAUAGAUCAGUGGAUAUUGCAUAGCUAAAACAUGUUUAUAGUGUUUGUCAUGUUCUCACAGGUACAUAGUAAUUACACAUAUUACUGUUGUUUCUGCACAGCUAAUGUAAGCAUGUGUAGGUGUGCUUUUGGCUUGAUAUCUGAGAGAGAGACUUCUGAACAAUAGGGCUGAAACUUGCAAUGUAAUCAUUGGUAUAGUACAUGGAUAUUACUGAAUAAAUAUCAGUUAAUAAAA